CUCUUCAGUUCCAACGUAAAGUCUCUUGUGCUUCUCCCAGAUGAGCUUAACAGUGAGGACCAGGCACCUAACCUCAUCUGGACUUUACCUACUUCUUGAUUUUCGCAUAACCUCAUCCUGUUACAAUUCAUUUACCUGGAAGGCAAUGCAAAUGGAGAUGUUAGAUAGCUCAUAGUUUCUGAAGAGGAUUUUUUACGCACAGUCUAACAGUGUCGUAUGUUUGGAGGGAUUAUAUGAAACAUCGUGCAUGAUGAUGACUGAUAUGGGAAUUUGGUGUGUUUUAUGGUUUAUGGCAUUAACCCUCACUUCAGCCGCACCAAAAUCACGCCAGCAACUCCUGGAGAGGAAGGAGCAACAAAACGACACUCUACAAGUGGAAAUAGAUAAUCAUAAAAAUAUUUUAAGUCAGCUGCUGGGUGAUUAUGACAAAGUGAAAGCGCUUUCGGAAGGAUCUGACUGUGGCUGUAAAUGUGUUGUCAGACCACUGAGCGCGAGCGCGUGCGCGCGGAUCCGGGAGGGCCACGCGACGCCUCAGGAUUACUACACGGUGGAGACCAUCACAUCAGGACCCCACUGUAAAUGCGCAUGCAUCGCCCCUCCAUCAGCUUUAAACCCAUGUGAAGGUGACUUCAGGUUGAAGAAGCUGCAACAGGCUGGAAAAGAUAAUAUCAAGCUGUCCACUGUACUGGAAUUGCUAGAGGGUUCUUUCUAUGGCAUGGACCUUCUGAAAUUGCAUUCAGUCACCAGCAAACUCCUUGAACGAGUUGACAGUAUUGAAAGAAUGGUCUCCAACAGUCCGACUAAGGCGAAGUCAAACGCAAACGGCACCUCUCCAAAUCCACAGCUUCCCACAUCCUCACCGACAACUUUGCCUCCAGAAGUGCAGAAGAAAAAGGAUGAAGCAGCUGUGUUUCAGCACCUGGAGAAUAAGUACGAGGAAAAGUUUGUGGGAGAUCUUUUAAAGAAGACUGGAUCAGACAUCAAAAAGACCAUUGCAGCCUUGCAAGAACAAGAGCGUCAUGGGAGGGAGCAGCAACCCAAAAUAAUUGUAAGGGGAAUCACAUACUAUAAAUCUAACCCAGUGGAUGAUGCAGACAUAGAUGAGAACUUAGAUGAGAGUUACAGUGGUGACAGCUCAAUUGAUCUCUUUGCCCAUGAGCAUCUCCUCCGUCACAGAGCUCAUCACUUUAAACCUUUCAUCAGGGCAUGGUCUGUCCCAACUAAACCCAAGACCGAACCAAUAAAAGCGGUUGCAGGAAAUGGCCUUCAAUCUCCAUCUGGACUGUCAGACUCCGCCCUGCCACUUAAGACACCUACUUACCCAAUAUCUAUUCAGGCUCAAACCACUGCUUCCACCACAGAGAACAUUAAAGAAGAUCACGGUACCACAUCAACGCCCGCUGCGAUGAAUAAUUUAAAGGUUAGCAAACCCAAGCGCCAAACCAUCAUAAAAAAAAACGAGGAAGCAAGCAAAACAGAGCCUUCAACUCCACAAGCUCAAAACAUUUCAGUUAAGUUGUCCAAUUUGAGCCAUGUAACAACAGAAGGGUCACUCACUACAUCUGUUGCCAGUGUGACAACUACAGUGCCAACAACUACAGAGAAUAUUACUAAACAGACUACCGAAAAGGAAACUUCAGUACCUUCUGAUACCAAACCACAAAAAGAUGCCUCCCAAACUAGCAAACCUUUGAUGUCAAUGGAGAGUGUAACUCCAGAAAUGGUCACACUUGGAAGGAUAACGCCAUCACCAGCUCCUCAUAAGCCACCUGCCACAACAACAGAAUCUCAUCUUAACACAUUUACGGUCAAGAUAUUAAGAUCAACUGCCGACACAAGCACAAGAGCCACCAACAUGGGUACUUCACAAAUGACUGAAAGCAAGACUGACCCGAGCACAAACAUACCCACGACGAGUCCUACACAUACAGCUACCUCAGUGGCACCUUUGAUGACCACUACAACUUCUACAACUACAACGAGCACAAGGAAACCUGGUCAACGCAAGUAUAGCAUAACCUGGGAUGAAGAAGAAGUUGUGGAGGAGAAGUUGGUAGAAACAAGUGUUGUGAAAACUGUGGUGGAAGAGAACUUUAAGGACAAACCUGCAAAUGAAGAAGAAGUUGUGAAGGAGAAGUUGGAAGAAACAAGUGUUGUGAAAACUGUGGUGGAAGAGAACUUUAAGGAGAAACCUGCAAUGAAGUCAGAAAUGUGUAAGGACACCCUGGCCACAAUCUCAGAGCCUGUCACACAUAAUACAUACGGUCGAAGUGAAGGAGCUUGGAUGAAAGAUCCACUGGCUCAAGACGACAAGAUCUAUGUCACAAACUAUUAUUAUGGCAACAACCUACUUGAGUUUCGCAAUAUGGAUGUCUUUAAACAAGGUCGAUUCACUAAUUCCUACAAGCUGCCUUAUAACUGGAUUGGCACUGGACACGUUGUCUACAAGGGCGCUUUCUACUACAACCGUGCAUUCUCUCGAGACAUUAUCAAGUAUGACCUGCGGUUGCGUUACGUAGCCGCCUGGACCAUGCUGCACGACGCGGUCUUCGACAACGAUGAUGUGUCUUCAUGGAGAUGGAGAGGAAACUCAGAUAUGGAUCUAGCCAUAGAUGAGAGCGGACUUUGGGUGAUCUACCCAGCGCUGGAUGACGAGGGCUUCCUCCAGGAGGUGAUCGUCCUGAGCCGGCUGAACACCGAUGAUCUGAGCAUGAAGAGAGAAACUACCUGGAGGACCGGGCUUAGACGCAAUCGAUACGGCAACUGCUUCAUCGUAUGUGGCGUUUUGUACGCAACGGAGAGCUACAAUCAACACGACACCAAUUUGUCCUAUGCCUUUGAUACUCACACCAAUACUCAGGUGAUCCCUCGCUUGCCUUUUAGCAACAACUACACUUACAUCACUCAGAUCGAUUACAACCCCAAAGAGGGGCUGUUGUAUGCUUGGGAUAAUGGACACCAGGUCACUUAUAAUGUUCAGUUUGCAUAUGUAGAGCCGUUGUAGACCAAGAUGACAGAGCACUACACUUCCUUUGCACAGAAUGAGACGUCAUCAUCAGGAAAUGUGUUCAAGUGAAUUGUUGAUCAGUUCACUCUUUUAUAGCAACUUCAUGUAGUUUAAUGUGCUGUUGCCGUUACAUUU